AUGGCAAGACGUCACAGACAUAUGAUCGGUUAUAGAAUUCUACUGGUACUGGUUAUUCCCGCUAUGUAUUUUCUCUGCGUCAGUUUCGCUGGACUGUUUUCUCCCAAAGAUCCGGGUGAUAAGACAAAGCUUGAGAAUAUAGGAUCUCGUAGACUACUUUGGGUAGAAGAAAAUGCUAUUGACGGCGAGAUUAAUUGUACUCCGCCUGCUGUCACCGAGUUUCCAUCCGAUGGAUUCACACGGGCACAAAGACAAUCCGGUUACAUAGCAAUUCAUUUUCUCAUUGCUAUGUAUCUCUUUCUGUUACUCGCCAUUGUUUGCGACGACUACUUUGUACCUUCUAUUAAGAAAAUAUGUGAAAGACUCGGCAUGACGAAGGACGUAGCAGGAGCAACUUUUAUGGCGGCAGCUACUUCCAGCCCGGAAUUAUUCAUCAAUGUUGUUGGAACAUUUAUCACUGAAGGAGAUCUGGGAGUUGGUACAAUUGUUGGUUCUGCAGUAUUCAAUAUUCUUGCGGUUCCCGCCUGUUGUGGAUUAUUCGCAAGACAGGUAUUAGAUCUGGAUCGGUGGCCCGUUAGCAGAGACUCUCUUGCUUACGGAAUCACCGUAGUAUUACUCAUAGUGACUUUACGAGAUGGUCGUGUCGAGUGGUAUGAAGCAUUAAUUCUCGUUUUCUCAUAUAUUAUAUAUAUACUGGCCAUGGUGUUCAAUCGGAGAAUAACGAGGUGGAUAAAUUUAUUGAAAUUCAAAAGAAAGGAGUAUACAAAUUUGAGCGAACAAACUCCGCUCGUAUGUAAUAAUCACGUUGAAGACAAAGGUAUAGAGGCACUGGAGUUCAGUGACGACGAGGGAGAAAUUGUGAAUCUGACAAAUUGGCCCAGUGGCACCUGGGAUAAAGUGUGGUGGGUUUUAACUUGGCCUAUUAAUUUAGCUUUACUUAUCACUGUCCCAGACUGCAGAAGACCGUCCCUUAAAUCUUGGUUUCCUCUGACUUUUAUUAUGUGCGUCGUUUGGAUCGCAACCAUGUCCUACGUAGUAUCAUGGGUCAUUACGAUUAUCGGCGACACUCUUUCGAUUCCGGAUUCUGUGAUGGGUCUGACUUUUCUCGCAGCAGGCAUGAGUGUACCUGAAGCUGUGUCCAGCGUCAUUGUCACCAAUCAAGGACACGGGACAAUGGGCAUCAGCAAUUCAAUUGGUUCGAACGUUUUUGACGUGUUGCUUUGUCUCGGACUGCCAUGGUUUGUUAAAUCGGCGUUUUUGCCAAAAAUACCUGGUCAACAUUAUGUAAAAAUCAACUCAGAGGGUAUCGUGUACAGUUCACUCUCUUUAUUCUCAACAUUGGUACUUUUGUAUACGGCAUUUAUCGUGAACAAGUUCAAACUGGACCGCAAGGUCGGCGUCUACUGUCUGAUCAUGUACGGUGUCUUUUUGAUCUUGGCGUCCCUCAUUGAACUCAAUACUUUCUUUGUCGUUAAUAUACCAACUUGCGUUCAUUAAUUUUUCUUAAGUCUUCAGUACGUAUUCCUAACAAUACGUGAUACUCUCAUAUGAACAAACAUAUAUACUUAUCGAUUGACUUAUAUAGUAAUAAAAUUACAUUGAAUUUCUUUUAUAA